GUUGUGAGCUGGGCACUGCAGUCUGGAAGCUCAGUGUAUAUAUAUGGGGAGUGGAAAGGAGAGAGAGAACAGGAGGAGCUACAGAUCCCUGCAGCUGAUCACACACAUACACAUACACUCACAUACACCAACACUAUCUCCAUUCUCCCUAACACACACUGGCCACAAUCAUGAUGAUCCUAUCACCUCCCCCAAAAAGAAAAAGGACUGGAACCAUCUCAUCCUGAUCUCACUUCUAUGCAUUAACAUCUUCAUCAAGUCUCCAGAGGAUCUUACAAAGGACAUGAAGCCAAAAGCAGACCCUGAGCUGUGAGGAUCAUCAUUAGUGCUUUUGUCCAUAACAUCCCAGGAAGCUAGGAGUAGGUUGCUUGAAGAGAAGCAACCCACGGUGCUCCAUCCUCAGAUUAUUGCAAGCACAGAACAGUUCUGCUCUGCUGAUCUUCAGUUUGGGGGGAGGGAGGACAUUGCCUCUGAAAUUGCUAGGCUGGACCUCCGCUUGAACUCCUGUGCAUUUUGCUCAGUGAUACUUUCAAUGCGAAACUUCCUUCCUCGUACCUGACAAGCUAGAAGAAACAAUUGGCUAUCAGGUUCCUUCAUCGUUUUUUUCAUUAUUUUAUUUCUUUCAUUUUCUCCUUUCUGCAUGCCAACUUCUAGGCAACAUCAACCCUGCAGGAGAUGCUUUGCUGCAGAACCAAAGCCAAAGGGUUCGGGAUCUGGGGAUGAGAUAAUGAUAUCAUUUGUAUUGUCUUUAAGAAGACAGAAAUUGAUACAGUAAAUCAGUUUGGUAUUUUGCUCGAUAGGAGAUCUUGAUGGAUGUCCAUGGAUUAUGCGGCUUGUAGCUGAGCGUAGGGACCAUCACUUUCUCCGUAAUAGAAAUCAAAGCUAUUGAGAAAAAUAAAUAAAAAGAAAACCUGGAGAAGGAAGUAAAAAAAGUGACAGAUUUGCACAUCCACUGAAUCUGGCUGUUGUUGCUUUUUUCAUAUUAUGUCUGCACUCCGAAGGAAAUUUGGGGACGAUUAUCAAGUAGUCACCACUUCGUCGAGUGGUUCUGGAUUUAAUCAAGCUGCCCCCAAAAGGAAAAGACAGAGGUUUGUAGAAAAAAACGGCCGAUGUAACGUCCAGCAUGGCAACCUGGGGAGUGAGACCAGCAGAUACCUCACUGACCUCUUCACCACCCUGGUGGACCUUAAAUGGCGUUGGAAUCUUUUCAUUUUUAUUCUGACUUAUACAGUAGCUUGGCUUUUUAUGGCAUCCAUGUGGUGGGUCAUUGCCUACAUAAGAGGGGAUCUCUAUAAAGCACAUGAUGAAAACUACACACCUUGCGUGGCUAACGUCUACAACUUUCCAUCAGCCUUUCUCUUCUUCAUUGAGACUGAGGCCACCAUUGGUUACGGAUUCAGGUACAUUACUGACAAGUGCCCGGAAGGAAUUAUCCUCUUCCUUUUCCAGUCCAUCCUAGGUUCCAUCGUUGAUGCCUUUUUGAUAGGUUGCAUGUUCAUAAAGAUGUCUCAACCCAAAAAGAGAGCCGAAACUUUAAUGUUCAGUGAAUAUGCAGUCAUUUCCAUGAGAGAUGGCAAGCUCACCCUGAUGUUCAGAGUGGGCAACCUUCGAAACAGCCAUAUGGUAUCUGCCCAAAUCCGCUGUAAAUUACUCAAAUCUCGGCAGACACCGGAGGGCGAGUUUCUCCCUCUUGAUCAACUUGAACUAGACGUAGGAUUUAGCACAGGGGCGGAUCAGCUUUUUCUGGUUUCUCCUCUUACAAUCUGCCAUAUGAUUGAUGCAAAAAGCCCCUUCUAUGACCUUUCUCAGAGGUCCAUGCAGACGGAGCAGUUUGAGAUCGUCGUCAUCCUCGAGGGGAUUGUGGAAACUACCGGAAUGACCUGUCAAGCACGGACAUCCUACACAGAGGAUGAAGUUCUGUGGGGCCACCGGUUUUAUCCUGUAAUAUCGCUAGAAGAAGGGUUUUUUAAAGUAGACUACUCACAGUUCCAUGCAACAUUUGAAGUUCCUACUGCACCUUAUAGUGUUAAAGAACAGGAGGAAAUGCUUCUCCUAUCUUCACCAAUUAUAGCACCAGCAGUAGGCAACAACAAAGAAAAAAACUGUUCUGUAGACACUUUGAAUAGUCUGGAUGACAUUAGCACAAAAAUGCCUGCGAAGCUCCAGAAAAUGACUGGCAGAGAAGACCUGCCCAGAAAAUUGCUCAGAAUGAGUUCCACCACUUCUGAAAAAGCUUACAGCAUGGGUGACUUGCCAAUGAAACUUCAGCGAAUAAGUUCGGUUCCGGGAAACUCCGAAGAGAAACUGGUCAUUAAGACAACAAAGAUGAUUUCAGAUCCGAUGAGUCAAUCAGUAGCAGAUUUACCGCCAAAGCUUCAAAGAUUGUCUGGUGGUAGGAUGGAUGGAAAUCUGCCACCAAAGUUACGGAAAAUGAAUUCCGAUCGAUUUACAUAACAAAAACAUUUUAGGCAUUAAUUAUAAAAUGGGUUAGAAAAUAAAUCCAUGAAAUAUAUAAGGAACCAUACCGAUGUAGCUCGCGAGGAGAUACAAAAGGCUGUCUUUCCCAUGAUGGAAAGCCUAUACUUGGUGGCAGUUUUAAUGGAAGUCUGGACUGUAUUGUAUAUAUAAUGCUUUGAUAAGGGACCUAAUAUGUUUUUACGGUCUUUCUAGAACUGAAGUAAUACUAAUUGGCAUGUAGUAUCACAUCACGCAUGCAAUAAUAGUGUGCAUAUUUUGCAUAUAGUUUUAUGGCAUGACUCUUACUUUAUAUUGUAUAAUCUAAAAAAAAAAAGGAAAAAAGGGGCAUUAUUCUCCCCCGCUAUUUUUUAAGACUAGUAAUUCUAUUAUAAGAAAGGUCAACUAUAAGGGCAAAGUUUUAUUUCAGAUAAUCUAUUAUUUGGAUACAGAUUGUAAAUAUAUGUCUAUUCAAGUAUGUUUCCAAUCAUGUUUUAGGUCUCAAAACAGAAAUUCUAAUUAUAAUAUUGCUGGUUAAUGUUUAUUGUAUGUAUCUGCCAUCCUCAUAUAUACCUGAAUUGAUGUUAAAGUGUUAUAUCUAUCUCAGACAUUGAUGGCAUCAUUGUCAGGUGGCUGUGGGUCCCACCUCUGGGACCCGCUUCUAUCUCCAGAAUGGGGCCCUGGAAGUGAAGGAGAACACACAACACAUGCACGACAUGCUUUCUAUUUGCUGCUAUUGGAGUUCUGCAAAAAAAAGCUGAGCCAGCACGCUUGGGUAUUUUAAGAAGUCCCAAAGUGGUAAACGGAGAGUGCACCGCGCAUGCAUGGACAACUCUCUAUUCACAGGUAUGGGACUGCCAGAAAUUUCCGUGCCAGCAUUAGGUUAUUUUCGAAACUCCCAUAGCAGAGAAUGCAGGGUGGCCACGCUUGAGCAGUGUGGUCUUCUUCACUCCGGGGACCCAUUUUGGAGAUAGGAGCUGGUCCCAGAGGUGUCGUCAAUCUGGCAUUGUUGGUCUAUCCUAGUUUGAGAUGUGAAUAACUCUAUGCUGAAGGCAGCAUAUACUAGUGACAGAGACUCUGGUUCCAAACCAGGGUCACUAUUUUUUGGAAAGUGGUUUUCUUAAAAUCACUGUUGAGCAGUGUGUUCUGGAAGUUGGGUUUCUUAGGAGUCAUUGUAUUCAUGAGCUACUGGCUAACACACCCCAAAGCCACUGAUUGAAAGUAUACCAAUCAUCCUCAAUUGGGAGAGGGAGGUGCAGCUCAUGAACAUUUGGACUCCAGUGCUUAGGUCCUACUGGGGCUUCUCACUGGCCAAAAAUUACUAACUGACUCUACAUUGUAAUCAGAUUCUCAGUGACCUGCUUAUUCUGCCUUCAGAUAGGGCAGCAUGUAACUAGUGACAGAUUCCCUUUCAGGUCUUAUUACCGUGGCAGGGAUGUAUGUACAUGGAGCUGUUGGCAUGCCAUGAACCACAGUAUGUUUUUUUUGCUUAGAAGCUAUGCUUCAAUGGAAGAAUGGCUCUGAAAUCUGGAAUCCGAUGGAGCACGCCUCAAUUUGUUUCCGGUCAGAUUCCUAAGGAAGUCUAUGGGCUCC